AUGUACGUGAAGUGCCUCCUGCUCCCAGGCCGCCGAGCUGCCCUCCCCGGGGCCCUGCCCAGCGGCAUGAGUGGCCCGCGGUGCCCGCUGCGCCGCGGCUGGCUGCUCCCACUGCUGCUCCCGCUGCUGCUCCCGCUGCCGCCAGCGCUGGCCCGCGGCGCUCAGCCCGUGCUCUGCGCCCCCUGCACUCCGGAGAAGCUCGCCCAGUGCCCGCCCGUCCCGCCCGACUGCCCGGAGCCCGCCCGGCAGCCCGGCUGCGGCUGCUGCCUGACCUGCGCCCUCGGGCCGGGGCAGCCCUGCGGGGUCUACACCGCCCGCUGCCGCCUGGGGUUCCGCUGCCACGUCCCCGCCGGGGAGCCCCGGCCCCUCUCCGCCCUCAUCCAGGGGCACGGGACGUGCCUGCCCGCCAGCGAGGCCGGAGGGAUGCGCGCGGAAGAGCCGGCAGAUUCUAUAGAACCUGAUGAUAUGCCUUUGGAAAGCACUGAAAUAACAGAGGAUCAGCUGCUGAACUAUCAGUUGAUGUUUCCCAUAGGCCAGGAUAAAUCCAUUCCCUGGAAUUCCAUCACUGCAUAUGAAAGCAUGAAAGCAAAGACGAUAUCCGAACUCAAGAAAUUGAAAGAGAAGGGUCCUUGUCAGAAGGAACUCUACAGAGCCCUGUAUAAGUUGGUAAAGGCUCAGCAGAGAAGUAGAGGGGAGAUUUACAAAUUUUACUUGCCCAACUGCAACAAGAAUGGAUUUUACCACAGCAAACAGUGUGAAACUUUACUGGAUGGAGAAUCUGCUCAGUGCUGGUGUGUCUAUCCAGAAAAUGGCAGAAGAAUUCCUGGAUCUCCAGAAAUUAAAGGAGACCCAGAAUGCCAACAGUAUCUCAGCUCACAAGAAUAAAACUAAACUCCAAAGUUUUUCACACCAAGUUUUCUGUUGG